UCUUCACACCCACUUCCAAAGAAAAGAAAAUCAAAGACAUGCCCACCCCCCUCCCCCACCGUCCCAAAUCCCGCCCUACGGCAUCAUGCCUCCCGUGCCGAACCCGAAAAGUCAAAUGCAACCGCCUCCAACCAUGCGAAACCUGCAGUGCGCGAAACAUCGCACACGAAUGUAAAUAUGCCGUGCCGGAUGAGGACAGGCAGGCGAUUGCGCAAGCGGAGAUGAUAGCUGAGUUGAGGGCGGAGGUGAAUCGGCUACGGCAGCAGAUUAGCGAUUAUGAAUAUGAUCAUGAUCAUAUUCAUAAUCAUGAGGAAUCAAUUAUGGGUGAGGUUAAUGUGUUGGAGGAUGGGGGUUUACUGAUAGAGAGAUUGGAAAAUGGGGAGGAGAGGUUGGGAGAAGAGGAUGAUGAUGAUGAGUUGGAGAGGGUGUAUCGGAUUUUGAGGGAUGGGGAGUGGGAGAGGGUGAGGGAGGUGGUGGGGAGGAUUAGGGGGGAUACUAGUACUACUACUCCUACUUCUACUAUUUCUGUGUGAUUAUUAUGUUAUGUUUCUUGGGGGAUUAUAGGAUAUGGUUUGUAUGUAUGUAGAUGGUAGUAGUUAUUCGUGGUUCUCGUGAUUAUUGAUUAGUGGGUGGUAUAGCUUAAAUCAACUGGGAAGAUCCAACACUGAUAGAAGAAAGGAAAAAGGAAGACACCUCAAAAUUAACAAGUUGUAUGGCCAAUGCGCUCUGGCGGUUAAAC